UGACUCAUUAUCAUUAGUUCCUAUGGCAACCCAACAAUACGGAUAUCACACCCAAAUGCGUGUCACCAAAUUUUCAGUGUCAACUUUCAUGACGAGCAAGUUCCAAAAAUAUGGCUAUAAAACUGGAUCAGCAAUUUGCGAAUUUCGCAAAAUUUGGAGACUCGAAGGCCGACGGCAAAACGAUAACUUUAACGCAGAUUGAUAAAUGGUUUAAGCAGGCCCAAGUCUUCGAUAAAAAAUUAACAACUACCGACUCGGGAAUAUGCUUUAAUAAGUUCAAAUCAAAAACGAUUAACUUCCAAAAUUUUCUGACAUUUGUCGAAGAUUUGGCGCAACAAAAAAAUAUACCGGUCGACAACAUCAAAGAAAAAUUAAUGAACUGCGGGUUGCCAGGUACAACUAAAACCACGACCCCUGUGAAAACUGGGGCGGUCGACCGAUUGACAGAUACGUCAAAGUAUACAGGGUCGCACAAGGAGCGAUUCGAUGCCAGCGGCAAAGGAAAAGGUAUCGAAGGGAGGGCCGAUGUGGCAGACGACUCCGGUUACGUCUCUGGCUACAAGGAUAAAGAUACCUAUGACAAAAAAUGAGUGCAUAUAUUUUUUAUAUUCAGUUUCUCCCUAAAAAAAAUAUAAUAUUCUAUCAUACCUUUUAAAAUUGGUUUUAUGCGUACUUAUAUAUUGAAACUAGAGGGUGUAAUAAACUGUGAGUGCACAAAACCGAAUUUUA